AUGGGUGCUUUCGAAGAUUCCGGCAUAUUCAAGCGCAAGCAUGAGUCGAGUGCUAAUGUUAUUGCGGCUGAGGAAGGUGUCAUGGUCACUGAGCCUGAUGGCCAUGAACUUCACCGCGCCCUCAAGGCUCGUCAUAUCACGAUGAUCGCCAUUGGAGGCGCGAUUGGUACAGGUUUGAUCAUUGGGACUGGUUCAGCUCUCCAAAAGGCUGGCCCCGCGUCCAUUUUGAUCUCGUAUUCCAUGGUCGGCAUGGUCGUGUAUAUGGUCAUGUGCGGUCUAGGGGAGAUGGCUUCCUGGUUGCCACUUGCCUCUGGCUUUACUGGUUAUGCAGUGCGCUUCUGCGACCCAGCUCUAGGGUUUGCUUUGGGCUAUACAUACUGGUUCAAAUAUAUCAUCGUCACGCCGAAUCAAUUAACUGCUGGUGCAUUGGUGAUCAAGUUCUGGGAUCCCGACGGGCGAGUCAAUGCAGGUGUCUGGAUUACUAUAUUUCUCGUGUUGAUCGUGAGCAUCAACUACUUUGGGAUCCAGUUCUUUGGCGAGUUUGAGUUCUGGCUUUCGUCCUUCAAAGUCAUUGUCAUCCUGGGACUGAUUCUGCUGUCCUUCAUCUUGAUGCUCGGUGGCGGCCCGACCCAUGACCGAAAAGGGUUCAGAUACUGGAAGAAUCCCGGCGCAUUCAAUACAUACAUUGACGAUGGCGCAGCCGGCAGAUUCUACGCGUUCUGGGCCACCAUGGUCUCUGCCACAUUCGCCUACCUGGGUACCGAGUUGGUGGGAGUGACCGUGGGCGAGGCGCAAAACCCGCGCAAGACGAUCCCUCGCGCCAUCAAGUUGACGUUUUACCGCAUCGUCGUUUUCUACAUUCUCAGUGUACUGCUUGUUGGCACGCUUGUGCCGUACGAUUCGCCGGAUCUGAUUUUUGCAAAUAAGCAAUCCAACUCGGCUGCGGCGUCGCCCUUUGUAGUUGCCAUUGAGAGCGCGGGCAUUGACGUUCUUCCACACAUUCUCAACGCUUGUAUCCUGUUAUUUGUCUUCUCGGCGGCCAACUCGGAUCUGUACAUUGCCACCAGGACGAUUUAUGGUCUUUCAAAGGAGGGCAAAGCACCAGAAUUCUUAUCGCGGACCAACAGUCGUGGCGUGCCGGUGUAUGCCCUUGGCCUUUGCUCUGCUAUUGCAUGCAUUGCCUACAUGAACGUCACCAACGACUCCAAAACCGUGUUCAGCUACUUUGUCGACUUGGUUACAGUGUUUGGCCUCCUCAGUUGGAUUUCCCUUCUGGUCACACACAUCUACUUCGUCCGGGCCCGCAAAGCGCAAAACGUGCCAGAGAGCGAUCUCGCCUACAAAGCGCCCUUUGGCGUAGCCGGCUCGUACUGCGCUCUCGCCUUUUGCAUUCUGAUCUGCCUGACCAAGAGCUACGACGUGUUCACUGUUCAUUUCAACUACAAAAAAUUCAUCACGGGUUAUCUGGGCAUUCCACUAUACCUGAUCCUCAUCUUUGGGUACAAGAUUGUGACCAAGAGCAAAACUGUCGCGCCGCACGAGGCGGAUUUGUGGAGUGGCAAGGAUGCGGUGGAUCGCGAGGAGGCAGAGUUUCUGGCGCGCAAGGCGGAGCAUGAGGAGAAGCAUGCUGGUGCGAAUUGGUUCUAUCGCACCUUUGUAUCGUGGCUGUUUUGA